AUAGAUAUAUACAGGGCGGCCAUGUUGUCCUUCCUGGGUUUACGUAAAGAUUCAAAGAAGUCAACAUCAGAGAGGGAAGCUGAUGGAGGCUUUGUGAUCAUUGGAGAAACGGUUGAAGAGCAGAGGCGGAAGAUGCAGUUGAUGAACAUUGCGCAACCUUCAACCAAUGUUGUUGUAUUCCCAUCUAAGUCACCAUGUCAAGCUCCGGCUCGACCAAUGGAAACAACUUCAUCUCCCACGAACCUGGGAGAGAAGUCCCCAAUAGUGGAGGCUGCCUCACCUGCCCCUGAUCUCCUUGGUGACAUCCCCUUCACUUUGGCACCUCAUGUUCAGGCAAUGCAGAGAGGGUUCUCUUAUAUUCCUGAUGUACUGCUGUCCAUGGACAUGAACUCUAACCUAACAUAUUUUCAAUAUGACUUCACUUUAGAAAAGUCUGUCCUACAUAACUUUUAAACUUUUUAAACGUAGCAACCGAAAAUAAUAUUUUUGUGACUUUCCUGCAUCCGCCACUAGUGGUGUAACGAUUCAUUCAUUAUAUCGAGGUAUCGGUUUAUAUUCCUACGAUCCAGCUUGAUCGAUCUGUGCUCGGCAAGUUAGCCUUCCGGACUUAAAUAUAUUGAUUUAAAAUCGUUUUGAAAGGUAAUCAAUGGAUUGUAUCGAUACUAGGAAAUAAGACACUGGAUUCAAGCACCGCAGACUUUGUAUAGAAGUGUGUUUGUGUCGUAUUGCCAAGAAAAAUGCUCGGAACUUUUACUCCGGUUGAUUGUCACAGCAGUUAGCACUGCCAAGGCUACUUACUUUCUUCUUCGUCUCUUCUUCGUUUUCUUUUCUACGCCCCGCAUCUAGUCACGCCUUUCCGUAGUGUCGCCAGUGAUUGGACGAGACACCAGAGUGUGUGUGUGUGUUGUUUAUUUGUAAGCACUUUUAUUGACGUUUUAAGAUGUCCGUCUGUCUGGUGGAUGGCAGAUGAGAAGGAAACGAAGCAUAAAUGAUCAUUUAGGAUUCGUGUGUGUGACUAGCGGCAAAUAGCAGUGACUUUGAAGCCUUUCAAGCUGGUUAGCUUAGCUAAGAUCGCUAACCUCUAACAACAAUAGUCGAGGACCCUCGAGGGGAAACUCGCGCAAACGAGGAGAACCAGCAAUGUCAACUACUGGACUCCGUUUCAGGGUCACAUUUGUGCCACAAAGAGCAGGUUUCUUCCCUGAUUUAGCUCGCUCUGUAUUAUUAACGCUAUUCCUGAAAUAUUUUCUUUGUGAAAACCUCACAGUGCUUCGUUUCUAGCCAUUACUAUUCAAACGCUCAAACUUUGGGUCCAGCUAGGGACUUCUUAAAGUGGAGACAUUUUCCGAGGACCCCCUCAUAAUUCUAACACCGCUUGAACGUCCCUUUUCUCGGAAAUGACUGACCCAACAAGUCAAAAUCAUAGCUGAAGUAAUGUAAAUCACAAUAACUCUGUUUUCACCUUUAAUUGCAAAGCAAUACAAUCAACUUUUAUUAAGCAGAGUCAUAGCCCAUUAGAAAUCACAUACAGUACGGUGCACAAAAAUCUAAAGAAUUGCUCUGUCCUAACAACUUUUAUUCACCACUAAAUGUAUGUGAAUCAAUCAUCUAGCUUAGGUUGGCUUUCUUAUAGUGGUGCAACGUUUUCAUUUUUCAUGCAUUGAAAAUGAAAAGAUUUGGUUACCAUAAGGAAUCCUGUACAACAUGCAGCUGUAAUUACGUUUCUCAUCAGUAUGUUUUUACUGUAUGAAUAUGAAUAACCCACGCCACGCAUUGCCGCCAUGAUAUUAUCACACCGUCCUUUUUGAUUCCAGGUAUUCUCUCUUACAAAAGCGAGUAUGUGGUAAUUGCCAACUAAACCAGUUGUACUGUAUUUUUGAUAUUGAAACAAUGUCAUCUUAACCUACCGUGCCUUAGUGCGUACAGUAAAUAUAUUCUUGUAUUCUAUUGACAUUUGGAGGCCAACUCGUCUCUGAUUUAUUUGGUGCAGCUGAUGUGGUUCUCGGUCAUAUUGUGUGAGUGAUGUUUAGCAGCAAUGUGCUAAUACAACUGAUCAGUUUUGACUGUAUGAAAUAAUUGUUACUCUACCUAUUUUCUCAAAGGUUAAAAGCACCCCCAUAAAGUACUUGACCCACUGCAGAUUUGGAUUCACUCCCUAGAUUGACAAUUAAAUGUCUUUACUUUCUACCCUUCACUUUUGUCAUAUUAAGCUUGGUACUUACUUAAAAAAAAAAGAAAGAUGCAAAUAGAGAGAGCUAAAGGCAACUGGGGUUGGCAUCCAGAUCGACAGAGAUGACUGUGUAAGAGAUGCCGGCUUCCGCCGUAAAAAAAUAUGUUAGUCAAACCUCACUCCUCGGAGUUGGGAAGCAAGUGCACGAACUGCUGCAACUCCCUUCCGAUUUCAUUUCUUUGUGACUCAGUUCACAAUGUUAGCGAAGCUAUAAAGUUAACGGCUCUUAAAACAUGCAGUGACGACGUCUUUUUGGUAUGAACACUUGCGUAAAUGAAUAAAACAGAGAAAAUA